UUUCCAUGGUCUGUCUCCUUGUUGCUUCAGGACUGGAGCCUUCAAGGCUGGCUGGAUAAAGACUCCAAAAGUGCGAAGUGACUAGAUGGGCGCCAAGGUGACGGACAGCUAGGGAACCGAGAGUGGUCCUGUGAAUAGGAAUGCCUGCCCAAAUCCGGAGACCAGAGAUAAUGGAUGAAGAUCAGUUAAUGAAAGAAGUCUUGGAUAAGUUUGUUAAUUGUCCUGAGCAAACAUACGAAGAAUUUCUGAGCACUUUUACUUACCUUUCAAAAGAGGAUAUUGUGGUGAAAGGGAGAUCACAUGGAAUCGAUUCAUCAGAAAAUAUAUUCACUGCUGAAAAAUUGACCCAUAAAAAUGAAUCCAAUGGUCAUCACUUUAGAAAUAUGCCCAUCCUUCCGCAUACUUCAUCCGAAUGCUCAGAAGAGGACCAGAUAUUGAUUGAUGAAGGCCAGCAAGUUGGCAGCUCCCUUCAAGGUGAUAUGACCCGGGCUGGAAAGGUGAAGGUAGACAACUUCUUAGACUUAGAAGAUGUGGACAUGGAGGAAGAGAGUAAGCCCCAGAUGAACAAGGAUUGGCUGCUACUUCCAGGUGAAGUGGAACAGGGUGUAAUGGCCAGUGUUCCUGCUUAUGUUCCUUCUGCGGACCUGCCUCCCUCUUCUGAAGUGAAGUCAAAGCCCACCGUGGGAAGAGCUUUGAAGCCAACGGAAGAGAUAUUUGGAGAUGAAGUGCAACCCUUCUUUCUCGACGAAGAAUUUGAUUAUGACAAUGUGACUCUCACUCCCAAGUUCACUGCUGUAGAGAUAGCGACCAUCCGAGAGCUGGCCAAGCAAAAGAGAAUGGAUACCAAUAGAGACUUUUGUGAAGCUCAUGAUUGAGUUAUAGAUGUCUUUGUGUUUAGUUUUAUUUUUUCCAUACUCAACCGACAUUAGAAUAAAGCAUACACCAGCUGA